AGGUCGCCCCAACCCACUCAGCAACUUUAAGGUUCCUCCUCCAUUUUUGCCCGCGGAUCUUAAUCCACCACCACAACCCCUCGAAUCGGGCGCUUGUCGCAACGACCUGUCGAGAUAACAUCGUAUCGCAGCGUAUCUCAUGGCAUCCAUCUAGUUCUAAUUCUAGUUCUAGUUCAAAUCGCGUUGACAAACAAUCAUCAUACUUUGUUUUCCCACUAUCCCUGCUCGAGGUCGACCACGGGAUUUGCAUCUCUAUCCCAAACACGGCUCCUCCAUUCCCUUCGUCGCGGGCACUUCCCUGCCAAUCCCGGGACCGACUUGAUUGGUUCUGCCCUGCUGUCAGCUCGCCAAAAUACACAGCCCCCCACAUCCGCUAGGCACUGCCACCACACCACGAAGGCUGACUCGUUUUCUGCCUCGUCUUGCUCGAGUCUUGCCUUGCCUGGUCCAUUCUCAUCUGCCCGCGUUUUGCGUCUGGUGCAGGUUAGGUUCCAACCCACAAGAAUAGGCACAAGCUCUUUGCUACGGUGUGUGCGCGCGCGACUUCUCCGUCAUCACCUCUCUGGUGAGACCGCUCUGCACCGCGCCGAAACAACCUUAACAGUACGCCCACCAUUCCAACAGCUACGGUGCGCAGCACAGCACGGCACUGCACCAAAUCGAAUCGAAUCGCACCACCCGCUGCCACCGCAUAGCUUUCGCCAUGGAUCAGUUGCAGCACCACCAGGGUCCCGGGCGCGCUCGUUCGCCAUCAGCCGCCAGUACUGGCGCUGCCUUCCAGCAACAACACCAGGAACACCCGCAGCCUCAUAUAAGAAGCCACUCGCCGGCGCCUGCGCCUCAGUCAUUCUCGAGCCCCCAACAUAAUGGUCUCGGGCUUGGUAUCGAACAUUCGCAGUCCUUCUCAGGCUUCAACCCCAAUCCUAGCGACUUCCUCAACCCCCAACCGUCUCAAACGUUCCCAAGCCAGGGCCAGCUAGACCCCUCAUCCUUCGACGCGACUCAGCCGUUCGACAGCAACAACCAGGCCCAGCCAGGAUAUUCACAAGAGUUCUUGAAUAAUAACAACAACUUUGGCGGCUCUGACUUUUCUCUUUUCCCUCCUGCAACUACAGAACAGCUCAGCACGCCCUUAUUUGUAACGGGAGACAAUCAACAGCAGCCGCCCCAACUCAGCACCCCAGACCUGAACAUGAGCACGUCCCAAGUCCACCAUAGCCCGACACCUCCCCACCAUCUGAAGCCGGAACCGCAUCAACCCGGCUCCGCCCACCAGUCCCCGUCAUUCAACCAGCACCAGUUCUCGUCGCCGCCUGCCCGUCACUCGCGCCAUGCCUCGUUAGGUCCUGAGGCGGCCCUGCUACCAGGCCAGGUCGACUGGAGCGGUACACAGUUUCAGGGACACAGGCGCACCCCUUCAGAGUAUUCGGAUGUGUCAUCCGUUGCUCCAUCGCCCAACCUUGUCAGCCAUGAUAGCUUUGAUCAUAUCGAGCAUAGCCCGAUGCAACGGCCCGUCGAUACGGCCGGCCUAUACCAGGAGCUCCACGGCCUGGGGAACUUUAGUCUCGCCGAUCCCCCGCCUCCUCAUGCUCACAGCCCUGAUCUAAGAGGCAGGAGUCCGUCGCACAGCCCAGCAAUCUCCCCGAGGAUCCCGCCACAGCAGCUGCCCGACAUGAACCAACCCAACAGUAGCUUCAUGCUUCAAGGCCAGAAUGGCUUUGGCACCCCCCAGAUUGCCCUGCAGUCCUCCGAGGCCUUUCCUCAACUGCCACAGCAUGGCUUGGCGCAGAUGGCGGCGCCGACAAUCAACAUCGAUUAUGCGCCGACGAACCUGAGAAACUUUGAGGGCAGACCGAUGAUGGACUCUGAUGCGCUGACCCCGCCGGAUAGAGGACGCGUAAGAAACCGCCCACGUGCUGUCACGGAUCCUUAUGCCAAUGGAAGUACCGCGCCUCUUCCGCGACCUCUUGGUACAGCCAGCUUGUCUCCCAGCCCAGGGCUGUCAUCAAGAGACUCAUCGCGCUCCUUGUCACCAUUGGAUCGCUCGAUACCACCAAAUAAGAGGCGUCAGUCCACCUCUGCGGUGCCCAAUAAUGUCAUGGCCCUACGUCUUGCAGACCCUGAAUUCGCAGCUCAGGGCAGUGGAGACGGGACUGCGGCAGGCGGCGGGCCGAAGCGGGUCCAGAAACACCCCGCAACAUUUCAAUGCUCAUUAUGUCCGAAGCGGUUCACUAGAGCCUACAAUCUUAGGAGCCAUCUGCGCACCCACACUGAUGAGAGGCCGUUCGUGUGUACGGUGUGCGGCAAGGCGUUUGCUCGGCAGCAUGAUCGGAAAAGGCACGAAGGCCUGCAUUCUGGAGAGAAGAAGUUUGUCUGCAAGGGUGACCUUAAAGCUGGCGGGCAAUGGGGUUGUGGCAGGAGGUUUGCCCGUGCCGAUGCGCUGGGUAGACAUUUCAGGUCUGAGGCAGGCCGUAUUUGCAUCAAACCUUUACUAGAUGAGGAGAUCAUGGAACGGCAAAGAAUCUGGCAGGAGCAGCGCAUGCAGGCGGCGCAACACCAGCAGCACAUGAUGAUGCCGCCUCCAGGCAUAGACCCCAACACCGGAUAUCCCGUGGACGCUGCUGGUAACUACUCAUUACCGGCCGCGAUUUUGGCGCAGUAUCCUGCCCUUGCCCAGAUGAACUGGGGCACGGCCGGCGGCGGCAUCGAUGGCGGAUCAGGCAUUGAGGAUGAUAUUUCGGGCCGCAGUAGCUUUGAUGCCAGCGAUUACGACGAUGCCGACGAUGGCGGAUAUGUGUCUGGGCCCGGGACCGGAUUUGGUCAGGGCGGCAUGAACGAAGGGUUUGGUGAAAUGGGGUACGCAAGUGACUACGGUGGUCGCUAGUCUUGAUGACAAUUUGAUACGAGAUGCCUGAGUUGCCCAGACAUUUGAUGAACGGCGGGAUUGUUCCAUUUUAUGACUACUACCUGGAUGGCCACUUUACGUUUGGAUAACGAUGUUUGAUGUUUUAGCAUUGUGGAGCUCUCAGCCAUUCCUGGGUGCGAAUACUCGGCGAGGGCUUGAGACCCCCCCUGUGAUGGUUCCACGGAUCUACGUUUUCUUAUUUCUUAUUCCUUACUCUUUGUUAAGCUUUGUUUUGGGUGGUUUGCCCUAGCCGAGCAUAACGACCUUGAUGGUUUGUUUAUGUACUUUUGCGGGGUUCGGAUUCCAUUUGCCUCUUAUACCUUUUCUCGCGGUUGUCCUGUUGUUAUUUCUUUUUAUAUAGACGGCAUUUCUUGGAUGCCACAGAGAUACCAAUCCUGUUCAAGCUAUUGCUGUA